CAAGUUACAUAAUUCAAGUUAAAUAUAACAAUAUUCAUGACUCAGUGUUUCGGUAACAUGUUCCUCGUAUUACAAUUCUCAUUAUCAAAAAAUUGUUAAUUAUAAUUUCAUUCUUACAAUGUCAAAAGCUGCAGAAUUAAUCAAAUGCAUUUUUGAUAAAACACGUUUAUCCAAAAGCUUUGGUCAGGUUUUGAAAAAUGCCAAAAUAGUGUCUGUCGAAGAUGGAAAGGUGAAAGCUGAAUUAAAAAUUUGUGAAGACCAUUUAAAUUUGGGAGGAUCUCUACAUGGAGGCUAUAUUAGUACUCUUGUUGACUGCUUUUCAACCUAUGCUUUAAUGGCUUACAAAAAUUCACCUCCCGGUGUAUCGGUAGACUUACAUGUUACAUUUCUGAAACCAGCAUUUUGUGGCGAUGUAGUAAUAAUCGAUGCAAAAACUGUUAAGGUUGGUCGAAGAUUAGCAUUUCUUAAAGUUAAAAUCCUAAAAGCGGAUGAUGGAGCAAUUGUCGCACGUGGUAUUCAAACGAAAUUUAUUGGUGGAGACUAAAAAUAUAUGGUCUAUACGUAAAUUGUAAUUACACACAUAUAGAAAAAUGUUUGCUCUUCA